CUAUUUUUCUCGAUUAUUUUUUCACUCUUUUAAUCAAUCUUUUAUCUAAUUAAGACUUUAAACAAAAGACCUUAAAAAUAUAGUGAAAAUUUAUUCAUAUAUUUUUUGUAUAUAUCUAUUUUUUUUUAUGACUGAAGAAGCUAUUAGUUGAUAACAAUGUAUAACUACGCUGUAUUUAUAUUCUCAAUAGACUGAAUUUUUACAUUUCGUGACAAUUUCACCUAAUUUCAUGAAUUUCAACUAAAAAAAUAUCACGAAAGAUGGCGUGUUGAACAGCAGUUGUAGCCUAAACAAUAGCAGACAUUCGACGAAAGACACCCAACUGUUUUUAUAAUGGAAUAUGCUUUUUUUACCUUUUUAAUUUACUACAAUAAACUUUAAAAAACGAUUUUUUCACUGACAUAAAAGUAGAGAAAUAUGUUGAAACUUAUUAUUUAGAAAGAUUUUACGACUACAAGUCUUAUCUAAAUAAGACAACAAUAUGAAUAGAAUAUUACUACUAUUUCACGUUUUCGUUCUUUUCCUAAUCUUCCUUAGUACAAGAAUAGAGGCAGGGAAAUUAGACCAAAACAGACCUUCAGGCUCCAACAAAAAUGUAUACGAUGAAAUCAUAGAGGAGAGGAAUGAAAUAAUGGAUUACAGAUUUUGGGAUACAACUGGAAUUAGGACAAAACUUAUGGCAUUAAGAACUGCUGCAACUUGGGUUCAGUCAGAUGGAGCAAGUCUAUUUUGCGAAAAUGAAAGCAGCAUGUUUCGACCCGAAGAAGUGUCCGUCAAACCCGUUUAUAGAUUAACCGGAAAGGAUAAAAAGAAAUGUAAAGGAUCCAAAUGUUAUGGUACUAUUGGUUCUAAAAUAGCAGGCAAGCUCCAUUUGAUCGAAAUCAUUAAUCAAUUUAAGAAAGCGACAAUACUGUAAUAUUUUCUUUAUUUCAGCAAUGAAACAGCCUAGUUGGCACGGCCUUGGACGCUAAUAAAGCAGGAAAACAAUAGUAAUAAAGUCUAGUCAAACUUUGGCCUUUCGAAUUAAAUUAGUAAGCUUGCAAUGUUUACAACUCUUCUAUUCGUCAUUUAUCUCUUAUCUAAAAAUGUAAUAUAUCAAUAUAAAUACAUUCUUAAUAUAAUAUUGAAAAUAGAAAACAGCAAUAAUAAAUGUAAGAAUGUUAUUAUUAUUAUUAUUAUUAUGAAAUAAUGAUUUAUUCUAUAAUCACUGUUGGCUUAC